CGCACGGAGGCAGCUAACGUGUCUGAGGUAAAGUGGCUCCUGGAGGGGAGAGCAGGCACCGGGAGGAAGGAGCGAUCAGGUUCGGGAGGAAGGAGAGACCAGGUCCGGGAGUCGUGACGUCGCCCCGGAGUCACAGUCGAGGUCCUUUUCCCCUCGGUCUCCACAAAGCCCCCGCACACCCCCGGCUACGAUGAGGGGGACUGUCGGCUGUAACCCUGCCCGGACCGGGGGCUCCUGGUAGGGAUGGUGCCGCUGUGAAGAGCCGGUGCGCCGUGUGGUUCUCCGCGGAGGAAGCGCCUGGACACCAUGACUGUUUUCAACCAGGAAAAUGUUGAGGAAUUUUAUGAAAUCGGAGACGAGCUGGGCAGUGGUCAGUUUGCUGUGGUCAGAAGAUGUCGGCACAGGAAUACAGGCGUGGAGUACGCCGCCAAAUUCAUCAAGAAGCGGCGCAGCAAAUCAAGUCGACGGGGGGUGACGAGGGAGGAUAUCGAGCGCGAGGUGAACAUCCUGAAGGAGAUCCAGCACCCGAACAUCAUCACGCUGCACGAGGUCUUUGAAAACAAGGCAGAGGUCAUCCUCAUCCUGGAGCUCGUGGCGGGCGGUGAGCUGUUUGACUUUCUUGCAGAGAAGGAGUCGCUGAGCGAGGAAGAAGCCACUCAGUUCCUCAAGCAGAUCCUGGAAGGAGUCCUCUAUCUGCACUCCAAGCAAAUCGCUCACUUUGACCUUAAGCCGGAGAACAUCAUGCUGCUGAACCGCUCAGUGCCUCACCCGCGCAUCAAAAUCAUUGACUUCGGUCUGGCCCACAAGAUCGACUUUGGCAAUGAUUUUAAAAACAUCUUUGGAACUCCUGAAUUUGUAGCACCAGAGGUAGUCAACUAUGAACCUUUGGGCCUGGAGGCAGACAUGUGGAGCGUUGGCGUGAUAACCUACAUCCUUUUGAGCGGCGCGUCUCCUUUCCUGGGUGACAACAAGCAGGAGACGCUGGCCAACGUGUCGGCCGUCGACUACACUUUCGAGGAGGAGUUCUUCAGCAACACCAGCGCCCUGGCCAAAGAGUUCAUAGCAAAGCUCCUCGUCAAAGAUCCCAAACGGAGAAUGACGAUUCAGGACAGUUUCCAGCACCCCUGGAUCAAGCCAAAAGAUACUCUGCAAGCCCUGAGCAGAAAGGAGUCGGCCGUCAACAUGGAAAAGUUCAAGAAGUUUGCAGCUCGAAGAAAAUGGAAACAAUCCGUCCGACUUAUCUCCUUAUGCAACCGUCUGUCCCGCUCCUUCCUGUCCAGAAGCAACAUGAGUGUGGCGCGCAGUGACGACACGCUGGACGAGGAGGACUCCUUCGUGAUGAAGGCCAUCAUCCACGCUAUAAACGACGACAACGUGCCUGGUCUGCAGCAUCUGCUCGGCUCUUUGAACAGUUAUGACGUCAACCAGCCCAACAAGCACGGGACCCCUCCCCUCCUGAUUGCCGCUGGCUGUGGCAACAUUCACAUCAUCGAGGUGCUGAUGAGAAAAGGUGCAGAGAUCCAGGCCCACGACAAGAGUGGAGCCAACGCCAUCUACUACGCAGCGAGACACGGCCACGUCGAGACCUUGAGAUUCCUUCAUGAAAAGAAAUGCCCUCUGGAUGUCCAAGAUAAGUCCGGUGAGACAGCUCUUCAUGUGGCGGCUCGCUAUGGCAACGUGGAUGUGGUGAACUACCUGUGCAGCAUCCGGGCCAACCCAGACCUGUCUGACAGGGAGCAGGAGACCCCGCUGCAUUGCGCUGCCUGGCACGGAUACUCGACAGUAGCCCGGGCACUCUGCCAGACGGGCUGCAGUGUGGAUGCGAAGAACCGCGAGGGCGAGAGUCCGCUGCUGACGGCGUCUGCUCGAGGCUUUGCGGACAUCGUGGAGUGCCUGGUGGAGCACGGGGCCAAUCUAGAAGCAACUGACAAGGACGGCCACACCGCCCUCCACCUGGCCGUACGGAGGUGUCAGGUUGAGGUGGUCCGCUGCCUCCUCAGGCACCACUGCCACCUGGACCAGCAGGAUCGCCAUGGUAACACGCCGCUGCACAUCGCCUGCAAGGACGGAAACCUGCCCAUCGUCAUGGCAAUCUGCAGCGCCAAGGCGGGCCUCGACCUCGCCAACAAGUACGGUAGAACCCCGCUCCACCUGGCUGCUAACAACGGCAGCCUCGAGGUCGUCCGUCAUCUCUGCCUGGCCGGAGCCAACAUCGACGCCGUCACAAACGUUGUGUUUUUCCACCGUCUCGGUAAAAGCCUCUCUGCGUUUGGAUUCAUUAAACUGUCACGUUGUAAGAGCUGGUGCUGCUCCCGGUAG